CCGUUGGGGGCCGGCCGUUCCCGCCGCCGGGGGGGAGCGAGGGACGGAGGACGGCGGCGCUCGCAGCCGCCGCCCUGCCUCCCUCUCUCAGGGUUGCGCGCGGGGCGGCCGAGCCUGGGCGCCCCUCCCCUGCCGGACGCGUCGGGGCCAGCGCAGCGAAGCCGCCCGGAGGGGCGAGGGGCGAAUAGGUGGCUGGAGGGAAUGCGGGGCAGCAGCGGGUGCGGCGGCAGAGCGGAGUUUCCAGCGCGUCGCCUUUGUGUGGAGCGAGGCUGCGUGUGCGCCGUGGCAGGCGUGGCCUGAGGGACACGAGUGCAUUUCCUCGCUCUUACGGCGCCCUGCCGCGCGCAGCGAGCACGGAAGCCGCGGGGCAGCGCGGCUCCGCGGAGAGACACCUCGGCGCGGUGCUGGUGAGCUGCGCUGCGCGCCCGCGGCUCCGCGUUCGCCUCUGCCGCGUGCCCAUGGACUGACCCGGGCAGCGGAGGGACGCCCGAGUGCGCCGCCGCCGCCUCGCCCUCCGCCCAACUUGGCAAAACUUAGCGAGCAGGCUGCUGCCCUGGACAUUGUGCUAUAGAAGAUGCACUAUUACCGAUACUCUAAUGCAGAGGUCAGCUGUUGGUACAAAUACCUGCUCUUCAGCUACAACAUUGUGUUCUGGCUAGCUGGAGUGGCCUUCCUUGCAGCUGGUCUGUGGGCAUGGAGUGAAAAGGGUGUAUUGUCUGAUCUAACGAAAGUGACCGGUCUUCAUGGCCUGGACCCAGUGGUACUUGUCUUGGUGGUGGGAAUAGUGAUGUUUACUUUGGGAUUCGCUGGUUGUGUAGGAGCACUGAGAGAAAACAUCUGCCUUCUGAAGUUUUUCUGUGGAGCAAUCGUGUUUAUAUUUCUGCUGGAGCUGGCAGUGGCAGUUCUGGCUUUUUUGUUCCAGGACUGGGUGCGGGACAGGGUCAAGGAAUUCUUUGAGAAUAAUAUUAAGUCUUACCGAGAUGAUAUUGACCUUCAGAACCUCAUUGAUUCACUACAGAAAAUUAACCAUUGCUGUGGUGCCCAAGGUCCAGAUGACUGGGACCUUAACAUAUACUUUAACUGUAGCAGUGAAAGCAAAAGUCGUGAGAAGUGUGGCGUUCCUUUUUCCUGUUGUAUACCUGAUCCUGCUCAAAAAGUUGUGAAUACACAGUGUGGCUAUGAUGUCAGAAAGAAGAGCAAGAGCCAAUGGGAUGAUCAGAUUUUCAUCAAAGGUUGUAUCCUUGCUCUUGAAGCUUGGUUACCCCGAAAUAUCUACAUUGUUGCAGGUGUCUUCAUAGCUAUCUCACUGCUGCAGAUUUUUGGGAUUUUCCUAGCCAGGACAUUGAUUUCUGAUAUUGAAGCUGUAAAGGCAGGUAAUGCCUUCUGAAUAUAAAAGCACACACCUGUUCCAAGAGAAGUAUGUUUUACUGCUAUUGAUUGGACACCAAGGUGAAAAACACGCAGACCAUGGAACAUGCCUGUUAUUAAAGGCCGUAUGUGGCUCUUACCUGCUUGUACUUUGUUACGCACUGGUACAAAAAAGGAUCUCGAACACACACCUGUCUGCCUUUUUUCCAGAGCGACAACUUAUUACACCAGAGUUGCUCUUUGGUGUGGAAGAAAUGAAAUAUUGGAGGAACAGAUUUUUAAAGAACGUAGCAAGCAGAAACGUAACUGCUAUAAACUUCUUCCUUGAAGAACUGCCUUGAAGAUUGUUCAGUUUUUACUCCUGACUGUUGUCAUCAAUCUGUGUUGUAAUCUCUUCUGAAGACAUGCUGAUCUCUUCACAAUCUUGAAAAUGUUUUAGUAUCUAUAGAAGACCCAUGCAGUCAGUGUGGCAAGAUACCCAGGAGCCGUAAUGGUCAUGGUAUUGGAAAUGAGAGAGAAGACUCACUAGUUUUCUAGUUUUGUUUCUCAAUUGUGCAGAAAUAGGGGAUGUUUUUCUCUGACCAGGAAUAACAUAGAUGUCUCAGGAGCAGGGACUUGUGCUCAGCUUUAGAGAGACAGAGUAACCCAAGACAUUUUGAAAGAUCAAGCAUUUUCUUGAAAGGAAAAAUCUGACUGUGUUAUCUAUAGCAUUAUAUGUUAGAAAUACCUUUAUUAGGGGUCAGGUGAAGGGGAGAAUCCCUGAUGCUGCAUUUCCUUUCUGAAAAGCUUGUAAAUAGUUUUUAUUUAUAGAGGAAGAAAAACUCUUUAAAACUGCUUAGCUUUUUUUCUUGAUCAAUAACAUCUUUAAAAAAUGCUGCCUGUGGAAAUUUCAAAAUGCAGCUGUUUCAAGAGGUAGCUUUCCCUCUAGUUUCUUUCAGGCCUACUUGUGUCCGAUUGUCACAAAUCCUAAUUGCUAAUAUUAAGACUGAGGAAAAACAUGGGUCAACAUUAAUCCUUAUUGAACUGUUUUUUUUUUUUUUUCUAUCAAGGAAUAUAAAUUUAGUAUAAUAUUAAAGUUGAGGGUUUUUUUUUAAAGUCUUUUAUACAGCUGUUGAGUCUUCAGUUCUGUUUGUAUUCUGAUGCAUGGUUCAAAUGUCAGUCCAAUCACAAUGAUACAGUGACCAGAACCAUUUCUUUGCAGUAGUAAGCUGCCUCAAACUGAACUACUGUUGAAGUAAAAUUUUUUCUUUGGCUUUUACUGGAAGAAAACAACUUUCUUCUCCCCCCACCCUCCAUUCUUGGGAAUUGAUCUGAAGCUUAGCAGGAGUUCCAGUCUCUUCUAGAAGCCUUUGGACCGGGAUUAUAGUGGCUGCAAAAGUGUUGCUCUUCUAUUUUCCUUGCCAUGUUUGGCAUAGUAUCUUUAGCUUUAAGAGAGAAAUAUGUGACUGAAAACCUCUUGGAAAUGUAGCUGUCAGUUUUACUGUGGGCCAUAUACUAACAAAUUGUUUGCUGCUUCCAAUGACACGUGUCUUUCAGCGAGAGCAGAUUUAUUUACAGUGCCUAACACAGUGUAAAUUCUAGAAAAGUAUAUAUUUUUAUAAUGGUAUUUUACUGCCUGUAGUCUGCCUGAAGGAUUUAAUGCUUGUUUUUCCAAAGUAUUUUUGACUUUCCUAGGAAGCCAGACUUCUGUAUGCAUCUCUAUAAAUAUCUUUAUUGUGCAUGUGUUAAUGAACAUUUCACUGGCAAAAGCUGAUCUUGGAGUAAGAAUCUUUAUCUGUCUCUAUUGAUUGUCCAGACAUCCUUCAAGCUUUUAAUCUGAAACAUUUCACAGACAAUGCUGUACUUUGCAUGUAUAUUUCAUUUGAGCUUUUACAGUUUUCUGGGUUUUUUGGCCAGUGAUUGACACAACAGGAGAAGGAAGCUUGUCUAAGGAUGGCUGAUUUCCUUAGAGUAGCAGAGAACACAGUCUGCUAUUAACUUAUCUGAAAAAACUGAAAGUAAAAUAUCCAGAAGUGCACUGUGAUUUAAGCUUUGAUAUACAACAAGGAGGAAAAAAAAGCAGUAGAUGGGAGCUUACAAGGUCAUUGAGAAGAGGACAAGAGGCAUUUCUUCUUUAGAGCCUUGAAUUUGAAGUUUGUUCAACUUGUUUAUUUUAUCUAGUCCAGUAGGAGCAGCCAAAAAUUCGCUGCUGUUACUGCUACUUUGCAAGGAACAAAGUAGUGUUCAGUAAGGCUUGCUUUAAAUUUUAGUGCUUGAAACUUGCAAAGCCACCUCAUGCAAUUUAUUCUGUUAAGGUUAUGUACAAUAAUCUGAUGCAUGUAAAAUUAGAGAAGGAUGCUUUAUAUUUUUAAAACAUUGGACUGAAAAUAGCAUUUAGGGAAUAUGUUUCACUUUGCCAUUUUUCUGACACAGACAGCUCCUAAUGCUGGAAAGUCAUUUCCAUGGUUGAUAUAAAUCAUCAUAGCUUCAAAGUUAUCAGUGGAGUUCAUGCACUGAAAUUAGCUACUGACAAGGGCCAAUGUCAGUGAUCAGAAUUCAACUAUCUCUGCAAAUCUCAAGUUGCUUGGAGACAAAUGAGCAUUCAGAUCCUUUUUGAAGUACCAUUUAAAUGCAAAACCAUUUACUUGAAGCAUUACCUUUCCACAGUUUCUUAUUGACUUUGGCUCUGUUAACAACAGCUGUGUAUCAAUGCUUCAGUGAUUUGGAACCUAAUUCAAGAAAACAAGUUCAGCCUAUUUCAGGGUCUUUGAAUUCAUGGGCUUUUCUGUUUUCACUGUGGAUAAACUCUAUGUUCAUUCAGUAUCAUUUUUUAAAACUACAGCAAUCAAGACUUUUUGUCCCAACACAUUUUAAAGUGCACCCCCACUGGUGAUAUACAUGGCUAGUGUAAUUUGACUUGGACAAUUUUCUUAUUAUUUUCUACUUAAAGUUAUAUUUAGUGCCUUUUUUAUGGACCUGCAAUGACCUCAUUGCUGAAGAUUUAGAUUAUGCUUUAAACAAGUCCUGUCAGCAUAAGCAGUUAGGGCUUGAGGCAGGCUUACACCUGAAGGAGAAGCAAAUCAACCAUUUCAUAAGGAGAGGUUUGGUAAGUAUAAUGUUGAGAUUUCAGUGGUUGCAUUUGGAACAGCUCCACUAACACUACAAUAGAAACAAGGUUUUUAAUGAAGAUGUCAAAUAGGAGAUCAGACUUAAAUAACUAGACUGAGAGAAGGAAACUUAUCAUUCAAGGUGAUUGCUUUAUUUCUCAGAAAUGAGCACAAUUUAUUUCUGUGAAUCAAUGUAUUUAUUUGUCAGUAUGUUUGGCGGUGCAACUGUUCUUUUGUUUCUGUUGUUAUACCUGGAUUUGGACAAAGUUUCCUUGUACAUGAAGAGGAGGGUGAAUCUGAGCACUGAACAAAGUGAAGUGACCAAAGGAGGCUCCAGUCUCCUCCUGAAAACCUGAAUACUUCUUCCGUAGGGUCUUGAGUUUUGGUGACCCUCUGUACCAUGCCUUGUGGAUUGAUUUGUAUUCUAAGUCCAUUGAGGCUGAUGUAGCGGUCUGCUUAAUAUACAGAGAAUUACCUUGGGUUUUUUUGUUUCCCCAUUCCAUCCUUCCUUCUCCCUUCCCCUGUGAGCCAUCAUGCAGCUUGGAUGUUGUUUAGUCAGUAGAAGGGGAGGUUCUGUCUUGUCUUCUGUGAUGGCUUUUCUGAGUGACUUUCAGUAUUUUUUUUGUCAAGCCUUAAAUUUGAUUAAAUAAAAUUUGAUGUUUUAUACUGCUGGAA